AUGCAGGCUGUAACAACUGUAACCUAUCAGUUUAGCAUAAAUGGAAAGAUAACUAGGAAGACGAAAGAUUUAAAGGAUCUCCCUGAGUUCAAGUUUCAUAGCAAAUGUGAGAAUCUGAAUCUGAUUGACCUGAGUUUUACUGAUGAUCUUUUACUGUUCUUAAGGGGAGAUAAGCAAUCUGUGCAGAUGAUGAUGGAAAGAUUCAAUAGUUUCUCCAAAUCCACAGGGCUUUAUGUCAAUCCAGCUAAAUGCAAAGCUUAUUAUGGUGGUAUUAGUGACUCUGACAUGCAGCAAAUUGAGGAGAUUAUUGGGUUCCACAAGGGUAAAGACUUGAAGACAAAGAAAUCCCAUAUUGCCGGGGAGAGAGUUUGUGCUCCUCAGAGUAAGGGAGGCCUUAACAUCAUCAACAUGUAUGCGUGGAAUAAGGCCUGUAUGGUUAGGCUUCUCUGGAACCUGUGCAAGAAAAAAUAUAGCAUGUGGGUGAGGUGGGUCCACAUGUACUAUGUCAAGGAGGAUAAUGUCAUGGAGAUGAACAUAAAGGACUCUUUCUCUUGGAUUUUCAAGAGGAUCAUAAAUCUCAGGGGUCAGAUGCAUGGCCUAAGGCAAUGGGAUGUUAUGAUGCAGAUGGAGAAGUUUAAGAUGAAGGCUUUUUACUGUGAUUUUCUGGAGCAUACCAGCAAUGUUGUUUGGAUAGGACUGCUUUUUGGUAACUCUGUUAGGCCUCGUGCAAAAAUUUCCUUAUAG